AUGUCUGUGGUGUAUCCAAAAACUAAACAAGGAAUUCAAAACAGAAGUUUUAGUGCUUCAUGGUUUCAAAUUGAUACUGAAACAUUUAUGGCAGAAAUGAGUGUUGCAAAAAAUGCUUUUCAAAAUCGGAUGUGCGACACUAUUAACUGCAUUACUAAAAGUUCAGUACCUUGGCCAUCAGAUUGGUCUUAUGAUCAAUGGGUUGAAAAAAAGAAUAAAUACCCUUGGCUUAUAUGCAGUGAUGGAAAAAUUGGUUGUGAAUAUUGUAAGUCAGUAGAUACAUUAAAAACAUUUAAAAGUAAAGGUGUUGAAAUAUCAAAUGAAUGGUGCUUAACAAAGAUUGAUGGUGGUUUAAAUACAAUUAAAUCAACCAGAUUGACUAAUUUACGGCACAAAAUUUUAAAACAUAAAAAGUCUAAAGCACAUAUAGAAACUGAAAAAAUUUCGCAACAAAAAUCUUCUAAUUUAUUAAGUAAAGCUUUUCAAACUGGCCAAUCUAAUUUCUAUGAAACAACACAAAAAAUUUUUCGAACAGCUUACUAUAUUGCCAAGUAUAAUAGACCUUAUGAUGACCACUCAAAAUUAAUUGAAUUACAGCAUCUCAAUGGACUUAACCUUGGUACUACAUUGCAUUCUAGGUACUCUAGUACAAAGAUUAUUUCACAUAUUGCAGAUAAAAUGAAAACUAAAAUAGUUCAAAAUAUUAUGGCAACUGCAUCUAAAAUAUCUAUUCUUAUAGAUGAAUCCACUACUGUAAGUUCUUUAUCAGGUAUGGUGGUUUAUGUUAAAGCAUCAAUAUUAAGCUCAGAACCUAUUUUUAUAUUUUUGGAUUUGGUAGAAUUAAAAAGUCAAACCGCUUCUAGUAUUGUCAGUCAAUUAGUAGAAUGUCUUUAUGCUUCUGGAUUCACAGAAAAUUUUUUGGUAGAACAUUGGGUAUCGUUUGUAACGGACGGAGCUAGUGUUCUCCUUGGAAAAAGAAAUGGAGUGGCUGUGCGCUUGAAAGAAAAGUAUCCCUUAAUUUUUAGUUAG